AUGGGGAACUCCGGUAGCAGCAAGGGCUCUCCGAACACGGCAGCGAUUGACGAGCUGAUUAGCGCACACGACAUGGUGGUUUUCUCGAGCAGCACUUGCCCCUUCUGUCAACAAGCUCUUGGUGCUCUUCGCGAGGCAGGCUACACCCCAAAGGUUGUGGAGUCCUUUGACCGUGGUGCCCUGAGCGCCAAGUGUGGUGGCUCCACCAGUGUCCCCAAGGUCUUUGUGAAGCAGAACUUCAUUGGAGGCUGCAACGAUGGAGGAAUGGGAGGGACCUUGCCACUCCUAAAGAACGGCAAAAUCAAAGAGCUGAUGGGGAAUUAA